AAAUAUUUAUUGGCUUUCAAGGCAGGGAAUCAUUCACACGCCAAAGUUAUGGUUCCUUGAUAUCAGCAAGAACGAGUUCACAGCCCUCAUGCCAAAGCUGUUCCACCCAAUCCCAAGGCUCAACAGACUGUACCUUUCUAAAACCCACCUUCAAUCCUUAGAUUUCAUCAUAGGUGCCCAACUGAAUAGAGUCACUUAUUUGCAAGUGAGCAAGAAUGAAAUCACAGUAGUCAAUGAGACAGAAUUACGUUCCCUCCCUUCAUUGACUUACCUGGACAUGCAAUUCAGUACUUUCACUUGUGGCUGCAGCAUUGCUUGGCUUAUUCAGUGGAUGGGUAGCGACAAUCAAACACAAGUUGUUGCCGCCAAUAUGUUUACCUGCAAAUAUCCUGGUGAGUUUAAGGUUACUAAACUGUUGGACCUGGAUCUUCAGUUCUGCUCGGUACCACUAGGCCUUUACUACUGCAUUUCCACUACCACUCUAGUCCUUUUGACUAUGCUGGCAUCCUUCACCUACCACUUCCUGAAAUGGCAGGUUGUUUACGGCUAUUACCUCUUCCUGGCUUUUCUCUAUGAAAACAAGCGGAAACAGAGAAAGCCCCUGACGAACGGCUGCGAGUACGACGCCUUUAUCUCCUACAAUGUCCACGAUGAGCCCUGGGUUCUGAGGGAGCUGCUGCCGGAGCUGGAGGGGCAUCAGGGCUGGAGGCUGUGUCUCCACCACCGGGACUUCCAGCCAGGCAAACCCAUCUUAGACAACAUUGUGGACGGUAUCUACGGAAGCCGCAAGACCAUCUGCGUGAUGAGCCGCCGUUACCUGGAGAGCGAGUGGUGCUCCCGGGAGAUCCAGGUGGCCAGCUUCCGGCUCUUCGAUGAGCAGAAGGACGUCCUGAUUCUGGUGUUCCUGGAGGAGAUCCCAGACAGGCAACUGUCGCCCUACCAUCGGAUGAGGAAGCUAGUGAAGAAACGCACCUACCUGAGCUGGCCCAGAGCUGGGGAGCACACUGGGGUUUUUUGGCAACAACUGCGACUGGCUUUAGAGACCAAGGAUGUCCCUGCCAGGGAUAAUCCCAUCCUCACCGGAGUGGAGAUACUGGACUGUGACACUGGGCACUGGUGAAGUGAGUACAGCUCAUGAUGAGGUCAGGCAGGAAAGGGACUAGUGUAAACUUGACAACCUUGUGUGAUUCUGUCCCAGCCGUUACUAGGGUCUUCUCCCCCAGUUAAUGUGGAAUUUUUUUAUUCUUUAUUUUUAAUGUUGGAUGUUAAAAUUCAGAACCUUUCCUGGGAAUCUAGAUGUAUUAUGAUCACCAUGGAUCAGGACGUGUUUGAAAGUACUAGUGUUCAUUGUCCAGUUGUGGUAGCCCUCAAUCAAUGUAUAGGGAACAGCCAAUUUGCCGGUCACCCUGUCGAUAGAAAAUAUUUGCGGUUAGGUUAGUUUUUAUGUGCCAUUAGCCAAAGACCAUUGUAAAAAAGGAAAAAAAGAAUCUAUCUACAAUGAGUAAAGCACUAAACAUGUUAUUUAUGUAUUGCAAGUUUGUUUAAUCUGUACAUCCUGAUUAUGUAGGAGAAGACUGCGUCCAUCCCAUUAGUAACCGCUUUGCCACAUUAUGGGGAAACCAAACCAAAACGGAGCUCAAGAUGCAUAUAAAUACGACUUGAGGAAGUUGAGCAUAGGAAGUGAAACUGGGCCAGUGUCUUUAAACAAACUCAAAGGUUCAAGCAAAGGGAUUUGGGUUUUAUAUUGCAUGCGCACAAUCAUGCCAUGGAAAUACCACUCAGGAAAGACACACAGUAUCACCGAAUCUCAACUGGUGAUCCAAAGCAAAACAAAUGAUCGUAUAUACAUUCUUUGAUAAUCGGUUACUGUCGCCAUCAAUCAGUCUUCUCCCAAACAAGUUUACAAGCCAACAGAAGUAAUCAAACCAUAUUCAAAUUUGUUGUUCUCCCAUCAUCACCCCGGUACAGUACACCACUCCAGUACACUACACCUGGCUUCAAUCAAGUUCACCACCUCACUAGGUAGAUGUAGGCCAGUGUUCUUAAAUCAUUUUUAGACGAGGCCACUUCGGUUGAUGAGACAUUAGUGUGAGGUCCGCCAAAAGACACAACAAUACAUCCCUUAAUGCAUUGGGCAAGGAGAGGACUCACUGGGCAGUGCUGAUUGCUACCUGGGGGGCCUAACCCUAACCCCAGCCAAUGAAGAACACUAGCCUAAAUCAUAAACACCUUCUAGCAUCAGUACGUUUAGUGACUGAUAUGCUAAAAAUGUUAAAAGAAACUAACCCAAACGCAGUUAAUUUGACCAAAGCCGUGCACUAGAGAAUCCUUUUCAACAUUUCACUCGUCCCCCAAGCUGUGUCCAUGACCCAUAUCCACUUCCUUUUCAUAGACAACCCUGUAAUUACGGCAGUUGCAAUCCAGUUAUGAAAUCACCAUCUGUUGUGUCACAUCCUCUUUUAACAAUCUUUUUGAGUAAUAUUAAUCACUGCUCUAGUUAACCAUGAAUCUCCAACCAACACUUAUCCACAACACACUUGUUAGCCGCCCUCCUUGUUCACGUGUUGCUGACGAAACUGAGGGUGACUUCCACAGUGUGUCUAGGGGAUUAAUAAAUGCAUCAACUUCAGGACACAGUCUUGGCUUGCAGAAUACAAUCAACGGUCCACUGUUAUUAUUGUAUGGGUCACGUCUCGGAGUCCGAUGGCAUGUUAUAGGCAUACCUGUUCAUUUUCUAAGUGGGUGGAGAGGUCUGCUUGUCUUGCGAGCUGACAUUAAUGCAGCUGGGAUGGUGUUAAGAAAAACACAGCAUGAGAGAUGUGGACUCCCUCUCAACCUUAAAGCCUUUACUGAAGACUGCAAGGUACUGGAUUUAUGGACCAUCCAUUCUGUCUUUGUCUGGCGGAGUCCACUCUCUCCACUGGAAUAUCCACUCUCCAAUGUUACGGGGACUCACUGGCUUACUCAUGUUAUCCCAUGCUGAUUAAAUGUUAAUGCAUUGAAGAUAACUCUGUAGGCUUUACUCUGCCCUGUCUCAGGGUGGUUUGUGGUCAUUUGUGGUCCCUCUGGUGGUCUGGUGCUUGGCAAAGUGGGUGGAGAAAUUUUUUUGCAUAGUUGGUCCUGUCCAGGAUUUAUAUCGGAUCGGGUGUCUCCAGACCCCACCAGUCAAAGUCUGUAGCAUUUAUGCUGCAAUAGUUAUGUGUCAGCGGACUGAGGUCAGUUUGUCUUGUUUUCAGACCCCGUUUUUGAUCAUUUGGGGUCCCUCUGGUGGUCCCUAAUUCCAAACAACUCCCCUAAUCUUUUUUUAUGAUCUUCUGUUCACAUGAGAAUAUUAACACACUUGUAUUUAUAAUUAUUUUGCUUGUAAUUGCUAUUAAGACAAUUUAUUAUCAUUCUUCACUUUUAUUGCUUAUCAUAUUUGCUUCCUUGAUUGUGUUAUUUAAUUCAGCCAGUAUCUCAAAUAUCUCAUGAAUGAAUUCAAA